UUCGCUGCAGAAAACUGUCGAGAACCCGGAAGACAGCAGCUCAUUUAUCCACAGGCAGCCUGGAUUUAGGACCUUGAGGACGCCAGAUGUUUCCAGGAGGCCAGCAGCAGACUACAGUUGCAGUGACCCGCCGAUAGCAUCGCGAUAAAGCAGCGACGACACAGAAAAGUUGAGCCAGUCGGACCAGGUUAUGCGCCCUGACGCACCGGUGGAGCAGUGGCGAUGGGAGCUUCGCAGACGCGCUCCGAGCAGCACAAGUUCCAGGACCUGGUGGACAGAACUGGAUUUUCACUGGAGCAGAUUAAAAACCUUCACAACAGAUUCCAGCAGCUGAGUGGAAACGAAGACACAAUAAGUCGAGAAAACCUGGAGAGCAUACCAGCCCUCGCCAACAACCCAAUCCGGAAGCAAAUCAUUGAUGCAUUCUUUGAUAAACGGAACCAGCAUCAGGAUGAGGUGGGGUCCUGUGAGGAGAUUGGCUUCGAGCAGUUCCUCAUGGUCAUGUCCCACUUCCGCCCUCCGACCCUGAGGACGACUGUGGAGGAGAGGGAAGCUAUGAGAAAAGAGAAGCUUCGCUUCCUGUUUAACAUGCACGACACAGACAACGACGGCACAAUCACUCUGGCAGAGUACAGAAAGGUAGUGGAGGAGCUUCUGUCAAAAAGUGGAGCCAUUGGUCGGGAAGCUGCCAAGGCGAUAGCGGAUGCUGCCAUGUUGGAAGUAGCGAGCACAAAUGUUCCCCACAUGGCCCCAGAUGAUUUCUACGAAGGAAUUACAUUUGAGCAUUUUGAACAGAUUUUGAAAGGCCUUGAAAUGGAGACCAGAAUGCACAUUCGCUUUUUGGAUGUAGACACCACAACAAUAGGCUGUGGAAAAUCAACCUCUUAA